GAGAAAAGGCGUUCCUGAUUUAAAGAAGAGUAAAUCAUAAAUCGUUCUUUGCCAGAGAGAAAGGGGAAGUUGCGGGUCGGUGACAAACUGGAGAGAGAGAACCUCUCUCUCUAAUCACACAGAUCCAUCUCCUCUUCUUCAUCUCCAUCGAUUCUAAGGCUCGAUUAUUGCGAUUUUGUGGGUGGAGGAGAUCGGGUCAGAUUGUUCUGGAGGAGGAAGGAGGCUGUUGUUCUGUCAAACAGUAAUCUUAAAAAGAUGGAGCAUGAUGAGACUGGAUGCCACGCAUCACCGGAAGGUCCAAUCUUGUGCAUCAACAAUUGUGGCUUCUUCGGAAGUGCAGCAACCAUGAACAUGUGUUCCAAAUGUCACAAAGACAUGAUUUUGAAACAAGAACAGACGAAACUUGCUGCCUCCUCCAUUGAGAACAUUGUUAAUGGAAAGGAACCCGCCAUUAUUGAUGACACUACUGCUGUCACUUUAAAACCAAGUAGUAGUUCAGUAGAACCUAAAGUCUUAUCUGUAUUAUCACCAACUCAAUCAGGACCAUCUGCAGAGGCCAUUGAGGAGGGAAAGGUAGUUCCCAAGCGAUGUGCUACUUGCAAGAAGCGUGUUGGCCUAACUGGAUUCAAAUGUCGAUGUGGAAAUAUGUUCUGUGGAUCCCAUCGCUACUCUGAUAAACAUGGUUGCCUUUUUGACUAUCAUGGUGCUGCCCAGGAUGCUAUAGCUAAAGCCAAUCCUAUUGUUAAGGCGGAGAAACUCAAUAAGAUCUAGAGAUGUGAUUUCUGCAGUCUUCAUCAGACCCUGACCAAGAGCAACAUUUCAGAUAUAUUGGGCUUCUCUCCUAUGCUUGUUGCUCAUUGCAGUAGGAGAGAGCUUGUUUAUUUUGUUUGGUCGAAUGUUUUUAAGUUGUGGUUCUUGGGUUUGUUUUCACUUUUCAGUACUAUGAAUGAUUAUUAUGCUUGGUUCUAUAUUCUUGUUUACA